AUGAUCGGUGUACGACCAUCAUCGUCGCCAUUUUACAUUUUUCAAUAAUGUCAGCCAAAUCAUCAGAUUGCCUUUAUAGUUAAAAAUUCGUGAUAUUAACGGAAAUUUAUUCAAGUUGUUCACUCUAAGUCUACAAAUAACUAAAGUGCAGUGAAAUGGAUCGUUUUAUCAGCAUGUGGAAGGUUCGAGAGCUGGCGGAUAAAGUAACCAAUGUAGUAAUGAACUACACAGAAGUUGAGGGCAAAGUAAGAGAAGCAACAUCAGAUGAGGCAUGGGGACCAACUGGACAGCAGAUGCAGGAAUUGGCGUUAGCCACCUUCACAUAUGAGCAUUUUCCUGAAGUCAUGUCUAUGCUCUGGCGGAGAAUGUUGCAUGACAAUAGAUCACACUGGAGAAGAACUUACAAGUGUCUUCUUCUUUUGAGCUACCUGGUCCGCAAUGGGUCUGAGCGUGUAGUAACCUCAGCUCGGGAACAUAUCUAUGACUUGAGGUCACUGGAAAACUACACUUACGUUGAUGAUCUGGGAAAAGAUCAGGGUAUAAAUGUGCGGCACAAAGUCCGUGAACUGAUAGACUUUAUUCAAGAUGAUGAGAAGUUGAGAGAAGAGAGGAAAAAAGCCAAGAAGAACAAGGACAAAUAUAUUGGUAUGUCCUCUGAGGCAACAGGAGGUAUGAGCAGUAUGGGAAUGGGGCGAAUGGAGGGCAUGGGGAGUAUGGGCAGAAGUUCUGGAGGCUGGGGAGAGUACAGUGAUAGGAACACUUCAUGGGAUGAGCCAAAGGAAAGAAAUGAUGACGAUGAUUAUGAAAGAGAGGAUUCUGAUGGAGAAAAUGGAGGGAAGAAACCGCAGAAAGAAAAUGUGUAUCGCGAUUCAGAGGUGAUAGACGAAAGUCCUCCGGCCUCAGAAAGAGUAAGAGACCGCCACAAGCCGCUUAACAUCAGCCUACGUAGUCCUGCUCGUACUAAACCCGUUACACCUGCUAAGAAGAUUGACCUAGGUGCCGCAGCAACAUACGCCAAAGCGGCAACUGCCCCAUCGCCAGUAACUAAGCAACCGGCAACGAACAAGUCUCAGGAGUUGCUCGAUGACUUAUUUAAGACCUGUCCAGUUGCUGAAACAACAAGCACUAAUGUUGCCAAUCUAGUUGAAGACGACUUUGAUCCAAGAGCGGAAGAGCCGAAGCCCACACAAAAGGAGGAAUUUGGUGAUUUUACGAACGCGUUCACUGCACCCGCUGUAUCCAGUGAUGGCUUUGCCGAUUUCACUAGCGCCUUCACAGAUAGCAACAUUACUCAAAAUGUUUCAGCGCCAGCAUCAAACCUAGACCUCCUAAGUGAUCUAUCACCUCCGGACAAUGGGUUUGAUUUAGACUCACUCACCGGACAACUGGCAAGCACAAACAUCACGCACACCCACUUACAGCCCAUGCAAGGUUUACAGCCAACGCCUGUGGACCUGCUUCAACCGAUUGCACCAGUUAGUCAACAACAGCCAGCUUUGGUCAACACAAAGCCAUCAGCAAAAUUGGGCGCAACGUGGGCCGACACGUCCGGCGCUAUUAAUAUCAAUGUCGACAAUUUGUUGGCCCCUAGAUCGCCCAAAGCCGGCCCCGCCCCAACCAUCAAUCAGCUUAAAUCUAGCCCCAAUAGUCCAGCGCAUAAACCCAAUGUAAACGCUAAUAUGCCCAUACUACCGAGUAUGCCCAGCAUGGCACCUGUUCCAAAUAUGGCACCAACGAUGCCCAACAUGAUGCCGUUAAACAACAUGGCGGCGGGUCAAAUGUGGCAAACGCCUAUGUCCAACGUUAACAACAAUUUCCCAGUGAACAACAACAUGAGGCCGCAAAAUCACAAUUUCCUCCAAUGAUAUUUGUUAUUGGCAGAUAUAUGCCAAAGUUAAAUUUUUGAGCAAUGAAUAGUUAUGCAAACGACGUACAAACUUAAAGUUAGGACGGGACACAGAUCAGAGGACAUCUUGCAAACGUUUGAAUCAAGAUAAAUAUUUUUCAGUAGUUUACAAUCGAGGAAGUGUAUUUUUUGGAAAUGAAACUUUUAUUUCAUUGCGUUUUAGUAUCAAAUUAAACUAAGCCGUCUAGUUUUUAAAAAAUAAACAUUAAUAAAGAACUGCAGUUCAACGACAGCUUAACGGCCCGUUUAUUCCAAAUAACAGAAAAAUAACUUUGAUAAGAAGAUAAAUAUUGAAGAUAGUUUUAAUCAUUUCUCAACUCUGCGGACGGAUUAUCUUCAAUUUACACCAUAACCGCAAUAUAAUACAAUUAUUCGAAAAUCAUUUUUUUAAGCAUUCCAAUGUAGCAUUUUUGUAAAUAUUGGCUUUGGUAACUAAAUUCAUUGCUUAAAAAUCGUUAGAGACCUGAGUUUUCAAUUUUAUACGAGUUGAUAUUACAUGUGUAAGCGUGUACAGUCGUGCAUAUCAUUGUAUAUCACAUGAUAUUAUAUUUAAUAUAUAUUAUAUUAGAAAAUACAUAAACUUUAAAAACUAAUGUGUUUGAUCUUUAACGAUUAUAAAUUUAAUAACACAAGAUUAAACGCAGAUAAAAUGCGUAGAAUUAUCAUUUAAAAAUCAUGAUUUUAUUAUCUACGUACGUGUAUAUAAGUACACGUUGAGAAGACAAGAACAAUUUGAAGAAUAAAAGCGCGUCUUUCGUUAGUGUAAGAUAAUUUUAUUCACUCCAAAGGUCAAUGAAUAUUACAAUUAUAAAAGUAUUGAAUUUAAUAAAAACAUUCCUAAAUCGUAUUUUAUUGAUCUCUAGGUUUGGCUAAAAUUGCAUUUCUUCUAAAUUGUCUAACAUUUUUUAUCAUAACCUGCUUGUUGCGACUACAAAGCGGGAACACCUCGUCUUAUGGCCAUUCUACUGCCAUACCUAUAUCAGUUACAACCGUUGGUCGUUGUUAUGAAGUUGGAUAGAAUAUUUUUAUACCUGCUUCAUCAGUAGCGUAAUAUAAGUGUUAUGUAUUUAUAUCGACAUAGUUGAAUGUAUGGGGCUAUUUAAAUAUACGUAGAAGUAGUUGUACGUCAAUUCCGUUUUAAGAUACUUUGUUCAAAGUUUACAGAACUAGUUCUAUUAAAUUCGUUUUCGUUAAAUUCUUUUUUUUUUAAUUUCAAGAUUAACAUGCUCAAGAAUAGUGACUAAAGGUUUAGUUUUAUUACUGUAUAUUAGUACUAAAACAUAGACGAUAGAUAAUUGAUAAUUAUUCGUACAUAGUUAUUCAAUUAAAUGCAAACAAACAACAAUUUUUUUUUAGUAAUGCUCCAUACAGUUAAGGACAACCUACUAGUAAUGUACUUAUAAUGUACUUAAAUUCCUUGUAGACACGUAUAACGUCCCAUAAACUCUCACUUAUUAGAAAGCACUCAGGAGUGGGUUAUUAUCGCCAGAGACCGUAGACUUGUCAAAAUCAUUGUUAUUGACUUUUUCGCGCGCAUCUUACUGUUAAUGAAAUGUCAUUUUCAUUUAAAUAUUGACUUUUUAUUGGUUUUGGGGCCCAGGUGUAUUUGAAUUCCGCAUAGUUUAAACUAAUGAAAAUCCGUCUAUUAUAUGGUCUAUAGACAAAUGAAAUUGUACUUUGUAUAUAAAAGCAGGCCUAAGUUGUUCACAGUAUUACAUACACACGAAAUACAUUACAGCUGUGGUCCCAAGAUGUUUUGUAAAUAAUCUUCAAGCGAUUAGGCGUAUAACCCCUCAGUUGUAUAAAAUGGAUAAGUCUGAAUUUCAAGUGAUGUUAUGCUUUUAAACAAGUGUUUUCAUUUUAAAGUGCAUUUUGGUUAGUGAAAUUAUGGACGAGAAAUGUUAUAAAUGGAGAAGGCUCAGAUACAAUUGUUGUGGCAAAGGCAGCUCAGUUAGUAUAAGCUUAGUUCUGUCAGCCCCAAAAAUAUACUGGCAUAAUGGCGUCCUUAGCACAGACAUGGAGACUUGAUUCGCGUAAUGGAAUAUAAAAAAAUAUUAUUGUGUGCCGAAUUUGCAAAUAAAAUAUGUGCGACUGACUUUAUUUUCACUUGACAAGAUAUGAAGUUUGUGCUGAGGGAGUUUUGUGAUAAAACAGUUUUUUAAUAACGUAGAUUUUGUUGCUGACUAUACUUCUGUUUUUAAUGUAGUAUUGUGUAGUGUAAACGAAGCGAGUUGGGACCAAAAUGAAAGAUGGCUUCACACAUUGAAAUGUAGCAAAUUUACCGUCAAAAUAAUUUUCUAUAUUAAAACAAGCAUAUGUAUGUCGGUAUGUGGAAGAUUCAUUUAUACUACACAAUGUCUUGUGCUCUUAGGUGCAAAUAGAUUAGUUUUUUUUUAAUUCGAGAAAACCAAUGUUAUUAAUUGUAUAAGUCGUAGGUGGGUGAACUCCGAUAAUUAGGUACAUGGACUUUAGUGAAAAAUUUGACACGCAUUUCUUCAAAAGUAAAUUAAACGCGUUUAUUAACACAUUAAGGCUAAAUCAAGAAAACCUUCUCAUCUCUAACAAGUUUUUAAAGGUAUUCUAUCUAUUUAAAGCAUAGGGUUCAGCGAAAUACGUAAAUUAUUCAUAGUUGCGCUUCUACUGAGUUAUUAUUAGUAAGUUUAUCUCUGAUGUUCAUUGAAUGAAAAUAUAUAGAAAUCUCUUGCUGUGCUAUUCUGAAUUUAAUUCAAAAUAAAAUCUGAUGCAAUAUUUAAGUCUAUUAUGUAGCGUUUGCUAUAAUGCUUAAUAACAUUUUAACAGAACUUAUGGAUUUCAUUUAAAAUAUCAACGUCAUAUAAUCAAUAUAUACUAUAUUUCUAGAGCCCACCUGUGUAUAUAAUUAUGUAUUUAAAAAAUAAGUUCUUCCGCUCAUUAGGGAUUUGAAAGCAAUAAAUAUUAUUUAAAAUUUUAUUUCUAGUUGUUGUCAUGAAUAGUUUAUUUCGACUAAUUUAGUUUCAUCAGUUGUUCGCACAAGUUUUUUUUAAGGGAAAUCGCGAGUUAACAGCAAAGUUAAUGGUUUUUUUCUAUUUUAAGAACUUACUGAUACGCUGAUUUUUAGGCUUAAAUAAUGAAUGUUUGAAAAGCAUUAUUGAGACAAAUAUUAUUUGUCACGUUGAUUACAGAAAGAAAGAGAUAGUCGCUUUCUGUUAAUUCGCGCGAAACUCUGUAUUUAACUAUUAACUAAUAUUGUAUAUAGGAAUCGUAAAUAACAUUGUAAAAGAACGACUGUUUAUUAAAAUAUGUAACAAAUA